AUGGCGCGGGGAGUGGAGGACGGACUCCCUUCCGCGCCGGAGGAGGAGGAGGAGGCGCGGAACAGGUGUCGAGGUAGCAGAGCAUACAGCUACCUGGCCAUAGGUGGCCUCGCUGCCAUGAUCGUCUUCAUCGCUCUCGCCUCUCCCCGCUCGCUCUUGCGUCAUACUUCCCCAUCCGAACUUUACAGUGGAGAAUAUGAGCUAGGCGGAAGCCAAGGACAGGCGUUAUGGGAGCCAGCCACACAGCAGAUUCUCUCAUCUCAAGGAGAGAUCUCAGCUCCUCCAAGCUACGGGCAGGCAGGAGGCAUCAACUACAUGCCCUCCACGCAAGCAGGAGUAAGCGACAAGGACCAGUCUCCGGACAUACCGCAGUCGUUCCUUCAGGAGGAAAGCAUAUCGAAGAGGAGGAUGAAGAGGCUCAUGGAAGCCUUGAAGAAGUCUGCCAAGAUGUCAGAGAAGCUUGAUGAGCAGGAGAAGGAUUUGUCGGAGUAUGUCAAGUCCACAGUGUCGGGCGUGAAGGAUGAGAUAGUAGAGCUCAACACAAAGGAGACCGAUGACAUCAGCGCUCCAUACCACUUGGUGAAAGGACCAGAAGGUCCACCCGGCUUGCCUGGUUUGAAUGGGGUUCCGGGGCUCAACGGUGCGGACGGAGCUCCUGGUCCUCAAGGGCCAGUGGGCCCCCAGGGUUUCUCGGGGGCGAUUGGAGUUCCUGGACACGAAGGGAAGAAAGGACUUCCAGGGGCCAGAGGGCCUAUUGGUGUGACGGGUAUCCCGGGCAUGACCGGCCCGAUGGGUCCGGAUGGCGUUCAGGGAGGAGUUUCACUAGCUGAUAGCUGGAAUCCUGGCCGAUACUUCUGUCCCAGUGGUGGAAACCUCUACACCCGCCUUGUUGAUUGUGAUUACUCGUCCUGCCGCCUUGAGACCCUAUACAAUGGAGUCUGGGGAACUGUGUGUGGAGUAGGCUUCACUCAGAUCACCGCCGACGUGGUUUGCAGAAACAUCGGGUUCGAAGAAGGAGGCAAGGCUCGUAGGAAGGGUGGAGGCCAAGGCAAAGGUACUGAGGAGGACAUGGGCGACUGUCCCAAGACCUGUGGAGGCGAAGGAUGUACGCAUGCCGACGAUGUUGGCUUAUGCUGCUGGGGGCUCAACGAUCAGUUCCAGGGCAUGAGGGUGAACGUGCGGUCGAGCUUCAAGACCGUGAGGCGGUUGAGGGAAGAAUGCUACACUCCGGAUGCAUGCUUGCCGAGCACUGACAAGAAUCAAGUCGUGUUCGGGGGCAGCUGCGGAGAUCCCAACAACGACCCCGAAUGGAAGCAAAUCCUCCCGGAGGGUGAAUGGGCAAGAUUUAGCAACAAUGAGUGCGACAACGACCAAGACAUGUGUGCUUUGCAUAACUGCAGACUGAGAGCAAACUCACUGUCCUCCUUGUACAUCCCGGAGAAACUUUCGGUGACCAUGUACGAUCAAAGGUACUUCGAAGGUAACAAGAUCGUCUACGUCGGCCCACGAAAAGUCGACUGUCUCGUCUGGGAGGGCUGGAACGACCGCGUACAGUCUCUCAAGAUUGAAGGUGCUGUCAAGAGACCACGAUCAAGCUGGACUGUGCGGGUGUAUCAGUCGACUGGGCCCCUUCUCAACGUCCCAUCCAUGUACGCCAUGAGGUACCUUGGGAGCACCACUAUUCCAUACAUCAACUUCCAGGGCACCGAGACACUCCGCAAGUACUUCGCAGGGGUGCCUGCGUCAAACUUUGCGGUGGAGUUCUACGGAAACAUCCUGGUCCAGAACGGAGGCACCUACGACUUCUGCACUGCAUCAUCGGACGGGUACGGUCUGCUAUUUGUGGAGGACAACCUCGUGGUUGACAACAACGGCUUGCACGGCUCCAGAGAGAUCUGCCGCUCGUCGUACGUCAACAAAGGCCUUGUUCACAUCCGAGUCAAGGCGUUUGUUAACACGGGCGCCUUCGUCCUGCACGCCUUCUGGAGGGGCCAAGACACCCUGGGCAACAAGAUGCUCCUUAGGAGCGAGGACGCCGAGGCGAACCUGCCAGACAGGCCUCCGGCGUCUGACUGGGCCCUGCGGGCGAUCCCCGACUCCAUCAUGGUCACUGCAGUCGGAAGCGCCAAGGACAUCGAGACCGUCGGGGUCAGCUCACUGGAAGAGCUUCGUCAGUACGUGUCUGAGACGCCCAGCUCAGACUACAGCUGGAUCUUCUACGGGUCGCUAUACGUUGAGUUUGCGGGGACCUACUCUUUGUGCACGACGUCGGACGAUGGGUCCCGACUGCUGCUCAACGGCGAAUUGAUCGUUGAGAACAAUGGACUCCAUGGAGCUGUUAGGGCUUGCGGGAAUGCGCAGCUACGGGCAGGAUCUCACUCCGUCACUGUGGAAGGCUUCCAGCAUGGGGGAGGGAUCUACCAGAGCAUCACCUACGCUGGGCCAGACACAGGAGGAGGAGAGAUUCUGAUGAUGAGUAAGGGCAGCUCCAAGGGCAAGCUACCUGACCUGCCUCCACCUUCGUCCUUCACCAUGAGGAUGUAUCAGGCUGAGAUCCAGGAGCUGACGUACACGCCUGACCUUGCGUUCUUGAACUUUGUUGAGGAAGGCAAAACUCCAUACAUCGACUACCACGACCUCGACGAUUUCCGCAGUACCGUUCCCAAGACGCCGUCAUACAACUACGUGUGGGCCAUCUACGGCAACCUGGACGUCACCAGGGCCGGCACAUACACGUUCUGUACCACGUCCGACGACGGAUCCUUCAUGUACGUAGACGGCAAGAUGGUCGUUAACAACGACGGUCUCCACGGAGCACAGGAGAGAUGCGGAGAUAUCUCGCUCUCGACAGGGACCCACGCCAUGUUCCUUCCAGGCUUCCAGCACUACGGCGGAGCGUACAUGGCUGCGCACUACAUUGGGCCUGACACAGGCAGAGUGAAGAGGUACCUCAGAUCUGACAGCUCCAAGGCACCUGCUCCCCCCAAGCCCUCAGCAUGGACAGUGCGGCUGUUCAGAGGAAGCAACAUCCAGAACAUGGCUCUUGCAAACUGGCAGUUCUUGACGUUCGUGGGCGAGGCGACAUACAGAGAUAUCUACGUGCCCAACAACGGAGAGUUUGUGAGGAUGAUUCCUGGCAUGCCAGACAACAACUUUGUGUGGGUGUACUACGGAACCGUCAAGAUCAACGCUCCUGGCAUCUACUCUUUCUGUUCGACCUCUGAUGACGGCUCAUACCUCUUCGUCGAUGACAACCUCAUCGUCAACAACGAUGGCUUGCACGGGGCCGACAGGAGAUGUGGAAGUGUCAAGCUGAACCCAGGAGAUCACCAGGUUCGCGUUGAAGGCUUCAACCAUUGGGGAGAGGCUUAUCAGAGCGCGUCCUACUCCGGCCCGGACACUGGGGACCAGUACCGGCACAUGGUCAGCUUGCCGACGGCUGCCCCACCUCUCCCUCCUCCCUCCGAGUGGACCAUCCGGAUGUACUCCACCAACUACGAACUCCAUCACGUUCCGGAUGUCUCGCACAUGUCGUACGUCGGGGGGGCCAAGAUUUCCUACAUCCAGUUCAGCACCCUUGGAGAGCUGAGAAAUUGGGUCCCGAACACGCCUGAUUCCAAGUACGCAUGGCAGGUGUACGGAAAAGUGCGUGUGAUCAUUGCAGGCACCUAUACCUUCUGCUCUACUUCUGAUGAUGGUUCAAUUGUCUACUUUGGCAACCAACAAGUUGUCAACAACGACGGGCUGCAUGGGGGUGUGAAGGUUUGCGGUUCCAUCAACCUUCAAGCUGGGGACCACGACGUGGUGCUGGUGGGCUUCCAGAACUACGGAGGAGUGUACCAGGACUUCACGUACAGCGGGCCGGACACCAGAGGGGCAGAGAGGCGUGUCAGAAGUGUCUCGGCAGCUGCACCUGCGAGUACUGCAGGCACUUCUGGGCAGUUUGGCAGGUGGCCUCCGAACUGAUCAGCAGUGUACUUGCCGCUGCCGCGGUGCAACUUCGAAUCAGUUAUGCCUCACUGAUUGAUGAUUUUUCAUUCUCCUCACUUUGGGUUUGCGCUUUAUUAACAACGAGAUGCGGGGGUUGAGUUAGGCGGGCCGUGAUCGAGUUGAAGUGAAUGAGCGAGACCUUAUUUCUUGUGACCUAGAGUUUUGAUAUUGAAAGCUUUUACUUCC